UACAAUACGAUGAAAAGUUCACGUUUUAUGGUGCGAUUGUCGACGAGGUGGACGUAAUGACACCGUAUUAUGAUAUCAACAGUAUUCGCGUCAACAUUAAGCCACUUUGCGAGGGUAUUCGAGAGCAUGGCAAAGAGUGGAAACAAAUUUUGGGGAACCAUCUGAUCGCCGACACCCAAGCCUCUAUGACAGAAUUUAAGGACAAAAUGGCAAGACUUCGAAAUGACGUUGAGUUAGUAAUCAAUGGAUUGGAACGUUUCAAGCUAGUAAUGCAAACUAUUGCCGACAUUAAGAAAAUGUCUGUUCAAGCUGAAGUACAGUAUUUGGAGUAUCAGGAAAGAUUCCGAACGUUGAGGAUACAUCAAAUAGAAUACAAUAAGGAAGAUGAGGAGCUAUCGUACAAACUACAACAUGAAUGGGAGUCCCUAUACCUUGGGGCCCUUUACCGAGGAACUACAUUAGAAACUACCAAGGAUAGGUUCUGUGAAAUGACCAAAGAAGAAAUCCGUGAUUUUGCUGCAGAGUUCAUCAAGUUUUCAGACGAUUUCGAAAAAUACGGUCCCGGUAGUGUUGGCGAUGACUUGGACACAGGCAUGAAGAAAAUGGACGAAUACGGCAAACUUAUCGAUUUCAUGGAAGCAAAGCGAGUUGAUCUUGUCAACGCUGAAAUUCUUUUCGACUUACCACCAGCCGAUUACUCUCGAUUCCUCAAAGUAAAAAAAGAUUACGAGGGAAUGGAAAUGAUUUACAAACUUUAUAAAGCUCAAAAAAUUAUGCGCGACGUAUGGGCCAAGACUCUCUGGGUGAAUUUAAAUCCACAUCAACUUAUCGACGGCGUGGAUCAGUUUAUGAAAGAAUUCAGACGAAUGCCACGAGCAGUCAGGAUGCUAAACGUAGGUCAGGCGCUUGACAAUUUAAUGAAAGGGUUCAAAAAUUCUGUUCCACUUUUCGUUGAGUUGAAAAAUGAGGCAAUGAGGGAACGCCAUUGGUUGGAACUUAUGAAGAAAACUGGAAAAUAUUUUGACAUGUCUCCAGACAGAUUUACUUUGGAAAAUAUGUUUGCCAUGGAUUUGGCAAAGUAUCAGGAUAUCGCCGAAAGAAUAGUGACAAAUGCUGUGAAGGAGUUGGCUAUCGAAAGAGGUGUAAAGGAAAUUGUUGACGUAUGGCGGACGAUGGAAUUUAACUUAGUGAGGCACUACAUAGGAAACGAAGAUCGCGGGUAUAUUUUGGGCCCAUUGGACGAGCUUACUCUAGUUUUAGAGGACAAUAUGAUGAACUUGCAAAGCAUGUCAGCGUCUCAGUUCAUCGGGCCCUUUUUGGGCAUGGUACAAAAAUGGGAAAAAUCUAUGGAAACAAUUUCCGAAGUUGUUGAAGCUUGGCUGGACUUGCAGCGCAAGUGGUUAUACCUUGAAGGGAUAUUUGUCGGUGGUGACAUCAGAUUACAACUUCCCGAGGAGGCAAGGAAGUUCGAUGACAUUGACAAAGCGUUCAGGCACGCCAUGAUUGACACUUCGAAGAGACUCAAUGUUUUAGAAUGUUGCAUGAUUCCAGGACGUAAAGAGGAAUUUGAAGCGCUAAGUUUGGGCUUGGAAAAGUGUCAAAAAUCAUUGACCGAAUAUCUGAAUAGUAAACGAGCAAUUUUUCCGCGAUUUAAUUUCAUCAGCGACGAUGAGCUGCUCGGUAUACUAGGAAACAGCGAUCCUUCAGCGAUUCAAGAACACGUUGGAAAAAUGUUCGAUAACUUGGAUAAAUUCAGGCUGACUGCCAAUAAUCAGGAUAGAGUAAUAGCGAGCGCUCUGAUAUCGGCUGAACGUGAAAUCAUGGAAUUUAGAACGCCCGUUGUCGCCGAGGGCAAGAUCGAGGAAUGGAUGGUUCUUGCACUUGCGGAAAUGCGCAGGUCAAAUAGGUAUCUGACCAAAAAAGCAAUCUACAAUUACGGAAAGGUGAGAACAGAAUGGAUGCUGGAUUUUCAAGGGAUGAUGAUUCUUGCAGCAAAUCAAAUAUGGUGGACCGCGGAAACUGAGAAUGUAUUCAAAAAGAUCUCGAUGGGAAGAAAGCGAGCGAUGAAGGAGUAUUUGCAACAACUCAAUCAGCAGCUUGAUGAGGUUGUAACAUUGAUGGGUGGUGACUCCCUGACUAGUAAUGACAGGAAGAAAUUAGACACGGUAUUAACAAUUGACGUCCACAUCAGAGACAUCAUUGACAACUUCGUCCGUGACAGUAUAAUGGACGCAAUGGAGUUCGAAUGGGAAAGUCAAUUGAGGUUCUACUGGGUACACGACUUGGACAAUUUAUGGGUAAACCAAUGCACAGGUACAUUUGAAUACGGCUAUGAAUAUAUGGGACUUAACGGAAGACUGGUUGUCACGCCGCUGACAGAUAGGAUUUAUCUAACAAUUACACAAGCAUUAUCUAUGCAACUUGGUGGAGCACCGGCAGGUCCCGCUGGAACGGGUAAAACAGAAACGACCAAGGACUUGGCCAAGGCUUUGGGUCUGAUUUGUUUCGUAACGAAUUGCGGCGAGGGAAUGGAUUACGUAGCCAUUGGCAAGACUUUGGGAGGCCUAGCUCAGUGUGGCGCGUGGGGAUGUUUCGACGAGUUUAACAGAAUCGAUAUUUCCGUAUUAUCCGUCAUCUCGACGCAAUUGCAAACGAUCCGGUCAGCUUUGCAACUUAAGGCUGCUAAAUUUAUGUUCGAAGGACAAGAUAUAUUAUUGGAUCCAAAAGUCGGAAUAUUCAUUACCAUGAAUCCUGGAUACGCGGGACGAACUGAACUGCCGGAAUCCAUUAAGGCUUUAUUUCGCCCCGUUGUCUGCAUUGUCCCGGAUAACGAAAUGAUAUGUUUGAUCAAACUCUUUUCCGCUGGCUUUUUGACCGCCAAAGUUCUGGCCAAGAAAAUGACAGUUUUAUAUACACUGGCUCGCGAACAACUGAGCAAACAGACCCAUUACGAUUUUGGUCUACGGGCUUUAAAGUCUGUACUCAAUAUGGCCGGGCAAUUGAAAAGAACUUCUGACGACCUUUCGGAGGAUGUUGUCCUGAUGAGAGCCCUCAGGGAUAUGAAUUUGCCGAAAUUCAUUUUUGAUGAUGUCCCACUGUUCCUAGGUUUAAUCAAAGACUUGUUUCCCGGCUUGACUUGUCCGAGGGUAGGAUAUCCGGAUUUCAACGAGGCUGUUGAAAAGACGCUUGUUGAACAUGGAUACAUCCUAUUACCAGAUCAGAUCGACAAAGUCGUACAAAUGUACGAGGUUAUGAUGACCAGACACUCCACUAUGAUCGUAGGUCCAACUGGAGGCGGAAAAACUGUUGUAAUAAAAACAUUGUGCAGAGCACAGACGUACCUCGACAAACCAACAAAGUUGUACAUACUGAAUCCAAAGGCGUGUACGGUUAUUGAACUCUAUGGGGUUUUAGACCCUCUGACAAGAGAUUGGACAGACGGCUUGCUCAGUAAUAUUUUCCGCGAAAUUAACAAGCCGUUGGAUUCGGAUAAAGACGAGCGGAAGUAUAUAUUAUUCGAUGGAGACGUGGAUGCUCUCUGGAUCGAAAAUAUGAACUCUGUAAUGGAUGAUAACAAAAUAUUGACUUUGGCGAAUCAAGAGAGAAUAAAAUUGCAAAAACAUUCUGCCUUGCUGUUUGAGGUGGGAGACUUGCAAUACGCGUCGCCAGCUACGGUGUCCAGAGCUGGAAUGGUGUACGUCGAUCCUAAAAAUUUGGGGUAUCAGCCGUACAUGGAUAAAUGGAUAAACUCGAGGAACCAAUCCGAGCGCGAAUUCUUCGCUGCCAUGUGUGAAAAAUAUGUUCACGGGUCACUUAGGCUCAUAAUAGACGGAAUAAUGGACAUGCAGCAAGUUGUCCCGCUGAAGAUGAUCAUACCUCAAACCGGGCUCAAUAUGGUUACGCAAUUGUGUUAUAUGGUCGAUGGUUUGGCUCCUACUAAAGAAGAAGAUGAGUUUUCUUUCAAACCAUCCAUGGAAACAUCAAACGCUGAAGAGGAGGAAGAACGAGCUGCUCACUUGGCACACCGGGAUGAGUUACUAGAGGCAAUUUAUAUUCAGUCAUGUUACUGUUCGUUCGGUGCUUCAUUAAUAGUUGACAGUAGGCUGGUUUACGACGAAUACGUGAAAAAAAUAUCAGGGAUGAUGCUGACCGACGACACAUCCGAAAAACCGGCCACUUGCAGGUACAUACCUGUAUUCUAUCGUUCCCUGUUUGAAUACGUACUGGACAUUGAGAAUCGUAUUUGGAAACCGUGGAAAUGGCUAGUACCUAAUUACAUUCACGACAGACAAAAGAAUUUCAGUGAGAUAUUAGUUCCAACGAUUGAUACUCUGAGAACGACUUGGUUUGUUAAGAUGAUGAAUGGCCUGAAAAGACCCGUCGUUUUAGUCGGGGAAACUGGCACUUCAAAAACCGCUAUAAUACAAGAAUUUUUGAGGGGAUUAGACAGUGAUAAAUUCAAUCAAUUGUUGAUCAACUUUUCAUCGAGAACCACUUCAAUGGACGUACAAAGAAUCAUAGAAUCCGCCGUGGAAAAGCGCACUAAAGACGUAUAUGGGCCUCCACCAGGAAAAAAAUUGAUCGUCUUUAUCGAUGAUAUGAACAUGCCUUUUGUCGAUACGUACGGGACCCAGCAGCCUAUUGCUCUCCUCAAGCUCUUGUUCGAAAGAGGUGGUCUUUACGAUCGUGGAAAAGAUCUGAAUUGGAAGGUUCUCAGAGACAUAUGCUACUUAGCCGCCAUGGGAAAAGCGGGGGGCGGUAGAAAUGAAGUAGAUCCACGAUUCAUCUCAAUGUUUUCGGUUUACAACGUGACGUUCCCAUCCGAUGCAACACUGACUCAUAUUUAUUCGAGCAUCUUGAACGGGCACUUGGAAAUAUUUCCCGACGAAGUCAGAGCAACAGGAAAUACGUUGAUCGAUAUCACGUUGAAUCUCUACCGGAUGGUCAUCGUCGAAUUACCACCGACACCAUCAAAGUUUCACUACAUUUUCAACCUACGUGACUUAUCUAGAAUUGUUUCUGGGUUGUUAUUGACUCACCCAACGCUGUACACAUCUGCAAUGCAUUUCGUUAGAGUUUGGAGAAACGAAUUCUACAGGGUCAUUUGCGAUCGAUUGAUUAAUGCGGCGGAUCAAGAGUUGAUGUGUGAUCAUAUUGAAUCAGAAAUUAAGGCGAAUUUCGAAGAAGCACCAGACGUGAUUGACUACGCUUUACGAAAUCCACUUUUAUUCGGCGAUUAUAGAAAUGCCUGCAACGAAGACGAGCCCAGAUACUACGAAGAUUUACUCGAUUACGAAGCAAUAUACAGUCUUUUCAUGGAGAUACUGGAAGAUUACAAUUCGCAAAACAUGCCAAUUCGCAUGGUUCUGUUUAACGACGCGCUAGAGCACCUAACUCGAGUGCAUCGAGCCUUGCGAAUGCAUCGAGGUCAUGUUUUAGUAAUCGGAAUUGGUGGAAGUGGUAAGCAGAGUAUAAUUCGGCUGGCGUCGUUCGCUGCUGGUUGCGAAAUAUUCGAAAUCACGUUAAACCGUGGAUAUAAUGAGACAAGUUUUCGAGAGGACAUGAAGAAGAUGUACAACAUAGCCGGAGUUGAAAAUAAAAAAGUGGUGUUUCUGUUCACCGCCCAACAUGUGACAGAUGAGAGCUUUUUAGAACUAGUGAAUAACAUUUUAAUGACAGGAGUUGUCCCGGCUCUGUUCACUGACGAGGAAAAAGAUGCGAUCGUCAACACCUGUAGGAAUGUAGCUAACGAAGCUGGAUACAGUAUAACCAGAGAAUCCGUUUGGUCAUACUUUAUUUCCACGAGCAUAGCAAAUUUGCGCUUGGCCUUGUCGAUGAGUCCAGCUGGGGAUAUUCUUCGUGGACGCUGCAGGAGUUACCCUGGACUCGUUAACAGUACAACCAUAGAUUGGCUGUUUCCUUGGCCUGAACAGGCUUUGUAUGCCGUGGCCAACGUGGUUCUUAGAGACAAUCCAAAAAUUCCCGAAACCUACAGAGACUUGAUCGUGCAACAUGUCGUACACGUUCACAUGUCAAUCGGACAAUAUACCGCCGAAUUUUUAACCAAACUAAGAAGAAGAAAUUACGUUACGCCGAAACAUUACCUCGACUUUAUAAAUACCUACUUGAAUUUGUUGGGCGAGAAGAAAGAGUACAUUAUGGGUCAAUGCAACCGUUUAUCUGGAGGACUAACCAAGAUCGCCGAAGCUUCUGAAACGUUGGCGUCUUUGAACGCAAUUCUUGCUGUGCAACGUGUAAAAGUUGCGGAGCAAACGAAAAAUUGUGAGCAACUACUGUCGUCGAUUGGUGAAAGUACCGAUAUAGCGAUGGUAAAGAAGAGUUUAGGGAUAGAAAAGCGAGCGGAAAUCGAGGAGCAAAAUAAACUUAUUGCCAAAGAAACUGCGGAGGCAAAGGAAGUUUUAAGCGAGGCUCAACCAGUUUUGGAUGCUGCAAGAUUAGCGCUAGCGGAUUUAGAUAAAUCAGAUAUCACUGAAAUCAGGUCAUUCGCAACGCCUCCAGAACCUGUGCAAGUAGUUUGUGAAGCCGUUGCAAUAAUUAGGGGAGUUAAGGAAAUUUCGUGGAAAGGUGCUAAAGGAAUGAUGAGCGAUCCCAGUUUUUUGCGAACUUUGCAGGAAAUGAAUUGUGACUUGAUUACCGCGAAGCAACAGCAGUUGGUCAAGCAACACCUUAAGAAGUCAAAUAAAAUGGAGCAGAUGAAAACUAUCAGCAAAGCUGGUUACGGUCUGUACAAAUUUGUCCUCGCUGUGUUGGAGUAUUGUGCCAUAUAUAAAGAGGUAAAGCCUAAGAUCGAAAAAGUCCAAAUGUUGGAAGCAGAAGCGGAAAAGGCGCGAAAAGCCUUAGAAAAAGAGGAGAAGGAAUUGAAGCGAAUAGAAAAGCAAUUGGAAGAAUUAAAUACAAAGUACGAUGUCGCAAUGGUGGAAAGACAAAGGCUCCAAGAAGAAACGGAUAUCCUCCAGAGACGGCUGCUUGCAGCUGACAAACUAAUUAGCGGAUUGUCUUCUGAAAAUGUCAGAUGGCAAAAAGACCUGGAAAAUUUACGCGACGAGUUAGAAAAAAUCAUUGGCAACUGUCUUCUCUCAGCCAGUUUCCUCUCGUACAGUGGGCCAUUCUCUUUCGAGUUUAGAAUACAGAUGGUAUACAAGGAUUGGCAGGGCAGUAUCUUAGAAAAAGAUAUACCCUUAACGCAACCAUACAAAAUAGACUCACAACUGAGCAACGACGUUGAGAUCAGUAGUUGGAAUUCGCAAGGACUUCCCCCUGACGAACUGUCCGUUCAGAAUGGUAUACUCACAACGCGGGCAUCGCGAUUCCCGCUCUGCAUAGAUCCCCAACAGCAAGCGCUAAACUGGGUGAAAAAGAAGGAGGGGAAGAACAAUUUGAAAAUAGUUACGUUUAACGAUGCAGACUUCAUCAAGCAAGUUGAAAUGGCCAUCAUGUAUGGAUUUCCAAUUUUGUUCCAAGACGUGGACUACAUAGAUCCGGUUCUCGACAACGUGCUAAUGAAGAAUAUAAGAAAUGUACAAGGGCGAACCUUCAUCGAACUCGGAGACAAGGAAGUAGACUAUGAUCCCAGGUUCAGACUGUAUUUAACAACGAAAAUUCCUAACCCCGUGUUAAAUCCAGCCAUCUAUGCGAAGGCUAUGGUCAUCAAUUACAUGGUGACUUUGUCGGGUCUGGAAGAUCAGCUGCUUUCCGUCGUCGUGAGAACCGAGCGCCCUGACAUCGAGGAACAACGAGAAACACUGAUCGCAGAAACCAGUGAAAAUAAAAAUCUCCUGCAGCAAUUGGAAGAUAGUUUGUUGCGGGAAAUUGCUACCAACCAGGGUAACAUGCUGGACAAUAUGGACCUGGUCCAGACCUUAGAGAAUACAAAAUCCAGCGCUGGCGAAGUGAUGGCAAAGUUACACUUGGCAGAGUUGACGACUAUCGAUAUCAACAAACUGCGGGAAGGAUAUCGUCCAGUUGCUAAAAGAGGCGCAAUUCUAUUCUUCGUCCUUGCAGAUAUGGCGGCUGUUAAUUCUAUGUAUCAAUAUUCGCUGAUCAGUUACUUAGAAGUGUUCAUACAUUCGUUGAAAAAAGCUAUUCCUGAUCCUGCGCUCGCCAAGCGGCUAAAAAAUAUCAUCAUUAUGCUAACAAAAAAUGUUUACGAAUAUGGGUGCGUGGGAAUAUUUGAAAAGCACAAAUUGUUGUACUCUUUUCAAAUCACUACGCGUAUACAGCAAAGCAUCGACAAGAUCAGUCAGGCGGAACUUGAUUUCUUUAUCAAGGGUAACGUGUCCUUGGAAAAGUCUCCCGUACCAAAUCCAGCAAAGUGGUUACCCGCUUCCGGUUGGGAGGAUGUUCUCAAGCUCGCCGCUGAUUUUCCCGAGGUGUUUGGUGAAACGCCAAAUCAAAUUACGACUAGAACCAGCGAAUGGAAGCAGUGGUUUGAUUCGGAUAAUCCGGAAUCUAUGGAAUUUCCAUGUGGAUAUUCGUCGACCUUAAGACCAUUUGAAAAGCUUAUGUUGAUUCGCUGCUUUCGCAUAGAUCGGGUUUUUCGCGGUGUUAUCAAUUACAUCAGCGAAAUUAUGGGCGAGGAGUAUAUAACACCACCGAAUGUCAGUUUUGAUCGAAUAUUUGAGCAAAGCACAGCCACCAUGCCCGUUGUGUUUAUCUUAAGCCCUGGAUCCGACCCUACCUCGGAGUUAAUGAAAUUGGCCGAAAGGUAUGGCUGUGGUGGUGGCAAAUUUAGGUACUUAUCACUUGGACAAGGACAGGAGAAGGGUGCAGUGGAGUUUUUGCAAACUGCUGUGGCGAGAGGACAGUGGUUAAUGCUGCAGAACUGCCACUUGCUUCUUAGCUUUAUGAGGGAUUUGGAAAAACAUUUAGAAAAUAUACGUAAGCCGCAUCCAGAUUUUCGACUUUGGCUUACGACAGAUCCAACACCGGGUUUCCCAAUUGGAAUUUUACAACAGUCACUGAAAGUUGUUACCGAACCGCCCAAUGGCUUGAAGCUAAAUCUACGAAAUACAUAUUUGAAAAUGCAUCAUCACGCCCUGGAUGUAUGUGGCCAUCAUAUCUACAAAGACUUGAUUUACGUGCUAGCGUUCUUUCAUGCCGUAGUUCAGGAAAGACGAAAAUACGACAAAAUAGGCUGGAACAUAAAUUACGAUUUCAACGAAUCGGAUUUCAACGUGUGCACAAUCAUACUAGACACUUAUUUGAGCAAAAUAUUAAGUAAGAAGGAGAGUAGAAUACCAUGGAACAGUUUGAAGUAUUUAAUUGGCGAGGUGAUGUACGGAGGCAGAGUGAUCGACUAUUACGAUCGACGGGUUGUGAAGAUCUACAUGGACGAAUACUUCGGUGACUUCUUAUUCGACACAUUUCAACCGUUUCACUUUUACCAUGAUAGCGAAGUUGAUUACGUGAUACCCUCCAAAGGCGACAAAGAUCAUUACUUGGAAUUUAUCGAAGAAUUACCGUUGGUCAAUUCACCGGAAGUGUUUGGGUUACAUCCAAAUGCUGAAAUCGGAUAUUUCACGCAAGCUACCAGAGAUAUGUGGAGAAAUUUAAUCGAAUUGCAGCCUCAAACAGCUGAAAGUGGUACUGGCAUCAGUAGAGAUGAUUUCAUCGAUAAUGUGGCGAAGGAUAUUCUCGUCAAAAUGCCGCCAGAAUAUGACAUGAUAAAAGUGAAACGAAACUUCGGUUUGGCCAUAACUCCGACUGCAAUAGUACUAUUUCAGGAACUCGAAAGAUUCAAUAAGUUGAUAAGAAUGAUGACAACAACGCUGACACAGCUCAGAAAGGCUAUUGCCGGUGAAAUUGGUAUGGAUGCAGUGCUGGACAGUGUUUCCAUUGCACUUUUCAAUGGGUUACUACCAGUGGAAUGGACGAGGCUGGCGCCAGCGACAAAUAAAAAUUUAGCUGGAUGGAUGGAUCAUUUCGAAAAGAGAAUAUCGCAAUACAGUACAUGGGUAAGAUGUAUGCUCGUUUAAAAUUAAUCCUUGCCUCACAAAUUCCUGCUUAGAUUUGCAAUUAAAUCCGACCAUUCUUUGCAAUUAAAUCCAUACUGAUCUAAUUUUACCAUUUACGCCUUUCAGGCUGGCUGCAACGAACCAGUCGUUAUUUGGCUGGCAGGUUUGCACAUCCCCGAAACAUACCUAGCAGCAUUAGUGCAAAUGGCAU